AGAAACGGUUGGUUGAGAAAUGUGGGGUAAAAAACGAAAUUUGUAGAAAGUUGGCGAGAUGAUGACGGUGGGUGCUGCCACCUGCGUGGAGGGCGUGGCGCUAGUUCUAUCGGAGUUUAGUUUAACGAGAGCUUUGGCACGCGUCGCACAACUCUGGAGCAGCACUCGUGUCGCUUCGGCCAGCCGCGUGAGAGUGAGAGAGAGAGGGUGGGAGGAGCGCGAGAGGUGAACGAUGGUGAAGGAAGAGAGAGGUGGGAAACGGUGAACGCGAGCAAGAUAGAGAGAAAGGAUAACGACGAGAAAUCCAAGGGGAAUACGAGACGGAAAAGGACAGAUUUAUAGAGUGGAUUGAGUAUAUAUGGUAACAAGCAGUGUAUGAGUGUAGAGGAGAAGAGCGGAUUGACGACGACGAUGAGGAAAGAAAAGUAAUGAACGCGAAGAUGAAUGAAGAACCAUUCGGAUGCAGUUGAUGUUGCGGCGAUGAAGAAGGUUCCCGAGUGGAGGACGCGGUACGCGUUGGCGCCGCCAGAACGAAGGAUAGUAGAUUUGAAAUCACGGUGCUGAUCGUACAGACGAGGAAAGCACAGAAGCGGCAGUGACCAUGGCGCCCCUGCUCGCAUGUAAACAGUGCUUCAUGCUCGAUGCACGUUUCGAGAGUAAUGUAACUAGUGCCAGCAUUCUUAUGGAGAGUAAACAUAGUUACAGUGGUUGUCACCGUCAUCGUUAUCGUUACUUCUCACGUUCCAGUCGAUUUCCCCGAAUCCGAUGAACAACCGUCGAAAUCGCAAUCGAGAAGUUGCCGAAAAUAUCGCAGACGUCCUGAGGCAAGACGGUAUGGACGGUAGAGACGAGUCAUGAUCCUCGUCCUGCCGCGUCACCGUUAUCCUCAUCCUCGUCCUCGCCGUCGUCGUGGUGGUUGUCGUCGCCGCCGCCGCCGCGCGAAACCGUGUUCCGGUCGUUUGUGUUUGUUGAUUCGUCGUCGAUGCGUCGAACGUGUGUGCGCGUGCAAGACGCUGAACCGAACUUACGAACGACGGUCAAACGUGAUUGAUGCGUGACGCAUUCAACUGCUACCUAACAAGUGGUAACGAGUCCGAGAAACAAGUACAUUUUUUUGCUCGAUACUUUUUUCUUUUCCUUUCUGUGUAUCUUUUACGAGAUUUUCAUUCGUGUUUGCUUAUUUUCUUCGUAUUCAGUGAUAAUCGAAUAGUGAUCGGAGUACAAAAAAAAGGCAUAUAUAACCUAAACGAACAUGUACCGUGAGAAUAGCGCAAGAAUAGCGGUGUUAUAAUCUCAUCAAAUUUCACACGUGUGCAAAUUCAUCUUCAACCUUGAACCGUUAUUCGUGCAAAGAAAUUGUCUUAACCUUUUUCUUUUUUGAAAGAAUUGGAAUUGAUCCGACACGCAAGAGCAAAGUAGUCUGUUGCAUCAAUCACGAAUCUGGGGCCCGUUCGUGUCGCGAAACGAGCCGCGAAAUUCAGUGACUCGCACGCUUACGAUAGAAAGAACGUGGUUCGUGCGAGUGUUAACACGCGAACGAUCGAUAAGGAGAAUCGAUCGCGCAUCGUGACUCGAUCCGAUCGUUCGGUAGUGAGGCAAGUCGAUUGCAAUGGUGUUGCACGAAGUGAUGAUCUUCUGCGUGAUCGAAUUCGGAAGAAGCUCAACACCUCUGUGUUGCCCCCUGCUAUUCACUCAUACGUACAGAAGACUGAGGUGUAUUAUUCCACACUCCAAACAACAUAUCGCUUAUCCACCAUAAGUGGAAGAAGGUGAUGGCCCGUACCACGCGCUCGCGACGAAAAAUGGCGAACACGACUGAUGCUCCCUCGCCCGCGAGCAGCCUUUUGUCGUCCACCACGACGACCCCGUUCACCGGCCCGACAUCGACAACCUACUCCACCGAGGGCUACACCUUCAAUUACACCGGCUUGCCCGGCCUGGGUGGCUACUCGUUCGAGGACUUGAAUUACACGGAACUGUGGGUGGACGUGUGGAACAGUACAGAGGCCAGUAACGCGACCGAGAGGUUGAAUACCACUGUAUUGUCAUCGGGAGGAGGCUACUGCGACGAAUGGGAGGCGGCGCAGCACAAACUCUUCCAGGCGGCGAAUCUGUUCUUCGCAGCGGCGUUCCUGGUGCCGCGCUCGUUCAAGGCUUCGGUACUGGCGCUUCGCACCUUUCUCACGGCCGGCUUCAUGUUGGCCGCCCUGUGGGCCGGGAUCACGAUAUGCGCGUUGGACGCGAUGCUCUGGUGCCUCGCCCUCGGCCUCCUCAACGGCAUCCACUCGCUCAUACUAGCCUGCCGAUUUCUACCGCCCGCGCUCAGCCCGGAGCUCGCCGAGCUCUAUCUCAAAUUGUUCAAACCGUACAAGGUCAGCAAGAAACACUUCCAGGAGCUGGCCAAGGAGGCGAGGAUAUUGAAGCUGGACUCUGGUCAAACGUACGCGACGGAAGGCGUCACGCCUGCCGACGAACGGCUGUCGAUACUGUUGCGUGGCAAGCUGAAGGUGACCUGCGACGGGACGCACUUGCACUACAUCAAAGCUUAUCAGUUCGUGGACUCGCCGGAAUGGGAGGCCACGCACGUGAACAUCAACGACGUGUUCCAAGUGACGAUACGAGCCGAGGAAUCGAGCAUCUACAUCUGUUGGACCAGGAUCAAGUUGCUCAGGGUACUCAGGCAUAGGCCCCUGCUCAAGGUCGUCCUCAACACCCUCAUCGGUAAGGACAUUACGUCCAAGUUGUACGCCCUUAACGAGCAGCUCGCUGGUGUCGCCGCGACCAGUGAGACAACCACGUCGAAUCCUUACAGGGGUGUCGCGAGAAGUCUUAGCGUCGACGCUGUAAACACCGAAACUGCCGGAAGAGUACGAUCGACGACGUGGAAGGCACAGAGGAGGCACAGUAAUCCGCGUAGCGACAGGAGCUCCCCGUCGCGGUACUCGCACCAGUACUGGGCGCCCGUCGUGGCCAAUCACUUCCCGCCGACUUCGCCGUUCACCCAGGGCCAGAACCUCGGCUACACGUUACUGCCGCAAGGUGUACAGUUCUCGCCACCGCCGCGGGCACCCUUCUUCUCGCACCAGCCGUUGACGAGGCAGCGCAGCGGAGGGGCGAGCGGCGACUACACCCUGCUACCUCAGACGCCCAAGCUCGAGAGGAAGCGGUCGAAAAAGGGGACGAGAGAGGUAACGUUCGAGACGCCCGUAUGACGGUCGCUCGACGGGGAGGGCCCUGCGAGCGUACCUCUUCUUUCGCUAUCGCCGCAGCGUUCCGCCUAGCCCCGUCGAGAUCUCUCGCCACGGUUGUUGUUCGUCCUCGAAAGUACGUCGCCGCGUCGAUCGGAUCGUAGCGAGUCUAACGGCCUAUCGCCAGCUACGGUGCGCGAUCGUGUCGCAUCCACGGACGGACACGGACGGACUACGAGCGCAGUUUCUCCAACUGUGCGCCUGUGUGCGUGUGUGCGCGCGUGUGUGUCC